GUCAAAUACUCUGAAAUAUAAGAUUGUAGAGGAUAUGACCUCCUGCAACACGACCGGAACAAUAAUUUCUUGCCCCUCAACCAUGUCAAAUGCGGCGCCAUCGAAUGAGACAUUGGUCUAUGGCGGCAGUGUGUAUGUCCACAAGUACGACGCCGCCACUCAAGGCUACAUCCCGCUGAGUGAGUCGGCGCUGGGGCUAGCCCUCAUGGGCGGGAGUACCUCGUACCGCCUGUUUUGCUACAACCGUUCGCAGGCGGAGGUGUUUACGACUCCGCUCGGCGUCCACGUCAAGUUCACCCCCCAGCAAGACCACUACGUUAACUUUUACGAUGCCAGCGGCACGGACAACUACUCGAUGCGGUUCAAGGAUGACGCCCAAGUGCAGGCGUUCCUGCAGGCUGUCGCGUGUAUCAAGUUGUCGUUGGUGAGCCGUGGAAGCAUCUCCGCGACACACGACGACAUCCACCCUGGCGACGGAGGAUACGCCGUGCAACUAGGGGAUAUCGUCGGCAUCAAGAUCCAGGCCUGGGCAUUCGACACUGCGGUCGAUUCGUCCUCGUCCACCAACCCCGUCGACAUCGUGGCCAGCCCUCCCGUGAUGCGAUAUCUUGACGUGGACGACCUUCUCAAGGUCAAGCUCGGAGAUGCCACCACCGAAGGACUCGUGGGACUGUCUGGACAAGUCGUUGGCAUGCAGAAAGGGUCUGUGCGGUACAUCUACCUUCCUUCGUCCUCCUCCGCCACCACAUGGAUCCUCGCGCACGCCGAGCUGGUCAAAGUGAAGAAGGACAAGCGACCGAACAGCGCCGCCGUUGCUUCCGCCCCCGUCAUAUCCCUUCCCCCGACAGGUUCCGAAGACGACGAACUCAAGCGCGACGACCUCGUCACUCGGAUGGCGCAUCUGUCGCGCAUGGGAAGUGGCCAUGCCGCCCUCCCGACAGCGGCGUCGCGGCGUUCGUCGCAUCCGGACGACCCCCAUCAGCCGACUCAUGCGGCAGCCGACAAGGUAGCGACGCCCAUCGUGCUCACCAUGCCCCAGUCGCCUUCCCCUCCUCCUCUGCACUCCCAUCCUUCUUCAUCAUUGGCAUCAUCAUUCCCUUCCAGCAUGCCGCCACCGUCGGAAGCCGCGUUUGCACCGACCUCCAGUACCUCCCUACAGCCCCCCCCGACCACCGAGGCCGACCAAUCGUCCCUUGCUUUACGCCAAGAACAGCAACGCCUUCUAGCCGAACAAGAAGACAUCCAACGACAGCGACAAGCCUUGACAAGACAACAGCAAAUCCAAUCGCCGCCACUGUCCAAAGCCCGCCCUCCUACCGCGCAUUUAAGUUCACCGCCGACGUCGCUGCUGCCGCCAUCUCCCCCCACGUUGGACGCGUAUUACAGUGCAUCGUCGGUCACUUCUGCCAACUACCUCCAGCAGCAGCACCACGUCGCCGCCCCACUUACUUCUUCAUCAUCCACUGGCGGCUUCAACCUUGUACCGUUUGUCCCUGCGACACCGUUACCGCCACCCCAAGCUUACGCGACGACGUCCACAAGCGUCCCGUCGGCUUCAAGUGCUUUGUUUACUCCUUCCAACGUCGAGAUGGACUCGACGUUGCAACGCGUGCACCGUACGACGCUGGCCAUGGAAGGCAUGUUGAUUGACUUGCAGCGCAAGAUAGACCGCGUCAUCGUGCCAUCUUCUUAUUCGAGUGGCGGCGGCGGCGGCGGGUCUGCCUACAGCCGCCGUCCAGACCAAUCAACCACUGCGUCACUGCUCAAGUCGAUGGAGCGGGCGUUGAAUGACCUCGACGGGCUCCACGAUGCCAACCAUCGACUGACGAGCCAAGUGACGGACCUCCAGCGGCACAACAGACAACUCGAGGAUGACGUGGAUCGCCUGCAGGCCGACCUGCGGCGACACACUGCCGCGUCGUAUAGCCAAGUACAGGCAGCGCUGGAGCAUGCCAAGCAACGAUGUGCCCAGAUGGAGGCGGACGUCGAGCGGUGGACGGCGGCGGUGGAGGCGGAGCGCCGGCAGCGGAUGCAACUGGAACGGGACCUGGCCACUCAACGACUAAGCAGCGCACAACAGUCGGCAGAUGGAGUCGUCGCGGCUCAAGUGGACGAAGCUAGGCAGGUCGCGACGAUGGCUCAAAAGCAAAUGCAAGCCGAGAAACUAAAGCAUGACGCGGCGGCGGCCAAGAUGGCGGCCGACGUCGAAGCAUUGCAGACGACGUACGAGUCCCGUCGGGUAGAGAUGCAACGAGAGAUGGACAUCCUGCGAACGCAAAUGGCGGCGGAGCGUGCAUCGCAUGUCGAGGACGCCGAGGCCGUGAAGGUCCACGUGGAAGCAUUGAUGCAGGAGCGAGACGUGCAUCGAGCCAAAGUUGCGGCGACGGAACGGGCUGCUGCCGACAUGGAAGACCGAUGGCGGCGAGAGAAGGAGGACGCGGCGGCGGCGCGUGACGCCAGGGCCGACUUGUUCAAGGAGUUGAUGAACGACAUUUACUUUGCCUGCCAGGACGCCUUUGACGAAGACGCCGAGUUUACAGGCAAAGAAGUCGCGAUUCAGAUCCGGAAGAUCCUCAAGCAGCACACGAAUGACGUGGUGGCCAAAUUCGAGAAAUAAGAUGGAAAAGCGUUGCAACAUUAUAGAGUGACAUUUUGUCGUAAAUAGUAUAUAUUUUCAGUGAAAUAUUGUGCUUUCGAGUG